AGAACACGUGGAAGUUGAAGUAACACCAAACCUUCUAGAAACUUAGGAAGCAAGUUCGCUCAGUGCAGCGCAGAUCGCACUCUCAUUGAGGUCCUUCAAUGCCUCCCGUUGCUCCUCGAUCCGGCGACGCGAUAUUCGCUAGUACCGAACGCAUGAACGCGGAGCUAUUUACUUUGACGUAUGGUGCAAUUGUGCGCCAGUUGAUGACGGAUCUGGAAGAGGUUGAGGAGGUUAACAAGCAGCUCGAUCAAAUGGGCUAUAAUAUUGGAAUCCGUUUGGUUGAUGAAUUUUUAGCUAAAUCUAAUAUCUCGACAUGCGUCGACUUCAAAGAGACUGCUGAAGCAAUAGCCAAGGUUGGUUUUAAAAUGUUCCUUGGUGUUACUGCUUCUGUGAUUAAUUGGGAUGCUGAUGGGACAUCUUGCAGUAUUGUUUUGGAGGAUAAUCCCUUGGUAGACUUCGUUGAACUUCCUGAUACCUAUCAAGGUCUGUACUAUUGCAACAUCUUAAGUGGAGUCAUUAGAGGAGCUUUAGAGAUGGUGUCAAUGAAAACUGAGGUCUCAUGGGUCCGAGAUAUGCUCCACGGCGAUGAUGUGUUUGAGUUGCAAGUGAAACUUCUCAAGCAAGUUCCGGAAGAGUACCCAUACAAGGAUGACGAGUGACAUUCUGUUUUGCAAUGUACUCGAUACCUUGUGACUUGUGACUUGUGUUAUUUCAUUUUCUUCUUUUAGUUAGAGUAUCAGCUAUCUUUCUUGUGCUAAGUUUUCUUGACGAAACUUUAAUGCGUUAUAAAAUCAUGUUGUGAUACUGUCACUGACAUGGGACUAUGAUCUAUCCUGAUUUAUGGGAGGUCUUUACAUUAGUGUUUUAUCGAACCGGCUGGGUCGACCCGGGUUUUAGUGACCCGGUGCUCUCAUUGGUUCGAGUUGGCCAUUGGGAAUCGAACUCAGCUCAAGGGAGUGAGUAGUGUUAUCACUUACAAGUGGGUUGUCCUCAAUUGUUGGUUAAAAUGCACCUUAUAAUAUGUUUA